AUGAUGGUAAUAGCUGUAGGUUUAUCUUCUUAUGGUAUAGCUUUAUUCCACUUAGUUAAUCACGCCUUUUAUAAAGCACUUCUUUUCUUAGGAGCCGGUGCGGUUAUUCAUGCUGUAGCGGAUAACCAAGACUUUAGAAGAUAUGGGGGACUAAGACCAUUUUUACCGCUAACUUAUUCAGUAAUGCUUAUCGCUUCUUUAAGUUUAGUAGCUUUCCCAUUUAUGACAGGUUUCUAUUCUAAAGAUUUUAUUCUUGAGUCUGCAUAUGGUCAAUAUAAUUUUUCUGGUACAGUUGUGUAUAUAAUUGCUACUAUAGGAGCAAUGUUUACUACAUUAUACUCUGUAAAAGUACUAUAUUUAACAUUCUUAACAAAUCCUAAUGGACCUUUAAUCAACUAUAAAAAUGCACAUGAAGGUGAUAUCUUUAUGAGCUUACCUUUAAUGAUUUUAGCGGUAUUUUCUAUCUUCUUUGGGUUUGUAACAAAAGAUAUGUUUAUAGGGUUGGGUUCUGGAUUCUUUUCAGAUAAUGCGUUAUUCAUACAUCCUAGUCAUGAAAUUAUGUUAGACACUGAAUUUGGAGUAGCAACUCUGUUUAAGUUAUUACCUUUAAUAUUUACUACAUCAUUAAGUGUACUAGCUAUUCUUUUAUCUGAAUUUUUAUCUAGUAUAUUAAUUACUUUUAAACUAUCUAGAACAGGUUAUAAUAUAUUCAGUUUCUUUAACCAACGUUUCUUAAUAGAGCUAUUUUAUAAUAGAUUCGUUACGGGGAUCGUAUUAAAACUUGGUGGACAAACUACUAAAGUUUUAGAUAAGGGAUCUGUGGAGUAUAUAGGACCAUAUGGACUUGAAAAAGGACUAUUGAAUAUAAGUAGUAAUAUUAGUAAGCUUAACACAGGAUCUGUAACAACUUAUGCAUUAUACAUUACUACAGGAAUAGUGUUGUAUAUCACUUUCUCUAGUUAUAUACAUGAAAACAUUUUACCAUUAUCUCUUCUUUUAGGAGGAUGUUUAUCAUUUAAUAAUAAUAAUAAAUCAAUUAAUAUUAUGACAAGUUCUACUCCAGAUCCCGUAUCUGAUUUUGUUUCAUGCUCUAAAGUUAUAGGUUCUACUUUACGAGGCAAAUUCUAG